AGUUCGGGAACUUCUGCAGUCUUUCUUCUCAAGCUUCUGGAAGAGUUGAGUUGUUUAAAGAGAUGCGGGCAAUUGCAUGGAGAUAUUUGUUCUUCUACUUCCCGGCAGACGUAUUUAUGAUUCUUUCACUGCCACAGGUCCUCUUUUUUGCUAUUGUUCCAAAACUAAAUGCUUCAAGGGUUUUGGGUGCAACAAAAUCAUUGAACUUCACAGUUGUCUUUCAAUAUGUGCUGAGGUUCCUUCGCAUAUGUUCCUUAUUGAAAAAAACUACAAGCAAUUCGGGCAUCCUCGCUGGAACUGCAUGGGUUAAUCUCUUUCUAUUCAUGCUCGCUAGUCAUCUUGUCGGAGCCUUUUGGUAUUUGUUUUCUAUAGAAAGGAACGUAACUUGCUGGAGUGAAGCAUGUAAAAAUCAUGCCGGAGUGAUACGAAGCGAUAUGUUUGCAUGGGUGCAAUCCAAAGUCACCGAUGGCAAGAAAGCACGGGAGUUAGCAUGGAGAAUUUUUUUCUGACUCUUCCCAGGGAUCUCAGGAGUGAUACAAAGCGAUAUAUUUGCAUGGGUGCAAUCCUUAAAGUGCCAUUCUUUGAAAAUAUGGAGGAACGACUGUUGAAUAUACUGUAUGACAGUCUGAAGCCAAUUCUCUAUUCCGAGGGAAGCUACAUUGUUCGGGAAGGAGAUCCAGUGGAAUCGUUGGUAUUGAUAAUGCGAGGUACGGUAUUGAAUACGACCGUGAGUGAUGGAAGGCACUCCAGUUCUGCAGAUCUCAAGGUUGGUGACUUCUGUUGCGAAGAACUUCUCAUAUGGUUUGUUGAUCCCAGCGCAUCCUUGUUUAAUCUUCCCAACUCCACACGAACUUCCCGUGCUUGUUGUGAAGUGGAAGCGUUUACUUUAAAAGCAGAGGACCUGAAGUUUGUAGCCACCCGUUCAGAAGGUCUGCUGGCAAGCGGGCACAGCACACAUUUAGGUUUUAUUCACGGCAGUGGAGGACUUGGGGAGCAUGUUAUAUACAGGGAGCUUGGCGGCGCUAUUGCAAGAAAAAACUCAGAAAAGUCUCUGCGGAAAGAGGAGAAUAGGUUGCAAGAUUCACUGGCCGAGGCUGGUGGUGGCUCCCCAGCUCUAGGUUCGGCCAUUUAUGCCUUGCGUUUUGCGGCUAAUGCACUUAGUCAUGUACGGAAUAGUGACCACCGCAGGCCCAAGCUAGUUGAGAAGCCAGCUGAUUUAAACGAUUCCGAGUAAAAACAGCUAAUAAGCUAGUUAGGUGUGGAACAAAUGAAUCAACGACAGCCUCCGGCAUUAGCAUGGAGAUAUUGUUGAACGACUUACAAACAUGGUACGGAAAAUGUGUUAAAGAGUUGCACUGUUGCAUUUUGUUUAAGUGUACCAAUUUCUGUUAAGUGUUUUGUAUACGGCAAUGUCCGAUUGUUUUUCA